CCCCAGCCUCUCUGGGCAGGGCUUGUGCUGUCUGAUACAUCCUGCUCCUCCCCACUGAAGAUUUUCUUUAAGUUCCUCAGGGUUCCUAUUCUCAGAACCCCCUGAAGGGGCUCUCCAAGCACUGCCAGCCCCACAGCCCCUGCACACAGACAGCUUUGCUGCUGUGUUUGCCCUGUUGCCAUCCAGCCCUCCUGGAGCUCUCCCAGCACCGUUGCUAAACCAGCUUCCCACAGUGGGUGCAGCUCCCAGCAGAGAGCACAGCCUGGCUGAAGCCUCACUCCCAAACCUUGUUCCAGCUUUGCACCACCCACACGCAGCUGAUGGAGGGAGUUUCACCUUUGGUCUACAUCACCAGCUGCUCUGACUCGUUCACUGCUCUGCUCCACACGCUCUGGGCUGGAAGGAUGGAGUUUUUCCUUCUUCACUACCUGUUUAUCUCUCUGCUCAUUACCUUUAUAGUCCUCUACCAAGUGAAACCUGCAUUCAGAUUCUUCUGCAAGAUGACCUUCUAUAAGUUGUGGCUCUUCACCAUAAGCAUUGGGGUUGCCAUCCUCAGUGUUCCUCGUGGACGUAACGUGGACAAUAUGAUGUUUCUGCGCACAUUGACCCGGCCACUCAAACACAUCUUUGGCAUUCAGAUAGUGGUGAAGGGCAAGGAGAACCUCAGGACUAAGAAACCUUUUGUCCUGGUGCUGAAUCACCAGACCUCCCUUGACAUCAUGGUGAUGAUGGAGAUAUUGCCGAGGCGCUGUGUGCCCAUUGCAAAGAAGGAGAUCCUGUACAUGGGCACAUUUGGCCUGGCCUGCUGGCUUGCAGGGGUCGUCUUCAUUGACCGCAAGAGGAGGGAAGAGUCCAUUGGCACCCUGACAGAGGUGGCACAAUCCCUGCACAAGGACAACCUGCGUGUCUUGAUCUUCCCUGAAGGAACUCGCAACCAUGGUGGCUCCAUGUUGCCCUUCAAACGUGGGGCCUUCCAGCUGGCUGUGAAAGCCCAGGUGCCCAUUAUUCCUGUAGUGUUGUCUUCCUACAACCACUUUUACAACCAGAAGGAGAAGAAAUUUACACCAGGAAAUAUGAUCAUCCAGAUCCUGCCAGAAGUGGAGACGCUGGGCCUGGGCCCAGACGAUGUUCCCAAGCUGACGGAGCAGGUCCGUGACUCCAUGCUCUUGGCCUACCAGGGGAUAUCAGGAAUGACAAAUGGAGCUCCCCAUUAGCAGUCCCAUCUUCCAGCUCCAGCUGUGUGUGCCACAGCUGAGAGAAGGCCAUGGCAGCCACAGGAAGGUCUGGCAGCAGAGACAGCUGUGGAUUGCAACACUGACAUACCAGAGACAGGCAAAAGGUCCACCAAGGAGAGAAGCUUCCCAGGGGAAUGUUGCUGUGCCACCUCCCACAGAACUGUGCCAUCAAGGGGACAGACACACAAUGGAUAGCUGGAUAUUUCUGUGUCAUCAUAUUGCUGAGAAUGCCCCAGCCUGAACCCAGGCAGAGCUGGGCCCUUCCAGUGGUCACCACUGCCUGCUUAUAACCACCUUUCCCUGUUCAGAUCCAGCGAGGUGGAGGUGCUGACCCCAGGCCUGUGAGCAUGCUGCCUGCCCGGGGUUUGAGGGCUGCCACAUUCCUCUGGAACACACUCAGGAGAAGGCGCUGUUUUCUUCCUCUUCCAUGGGGAGGAUUUGGGAGGGACCUCUGCCAUGAGAGAUAGGAACCAAGGAAGCUUUGGGAGAGGGGAAUUAAAGACCUUACGUGUGUCUACAGGGCUUGGUGGUUUCUUUGACAUAUUUAGCCUUCCUUUUAACCUGAGGAAGAUUUUGCUUUCAGGGCUGGGAGAGAGGGACAUGUCUGGGGACUCAGAAACCAGAGGCAAAAACAGCAGGAGUAUACUGCCUAAUAUCCUUGAUGUGCCCAGAUGGAAUAAUUCCUGGAAGUGUUCCAAAGAUGUAUAUAUCUGGUCCCUGGGGACAUGGUUUGGUGGUUGACCUGGCUGUGCUGGGUUAAUGGACUUGAUGAUCUUGGGGUACUUUUCCAGCCUUGCUGAUUCUGCAAUUCCAUGAUGAUUUUAUGAUAACCUCAUGAUUUUUACCACAAUCUCUUUAUGUUUCAACUCAAACACACUGUGGGAGCUGUAGCUCCUGAUUUCUGAGUCCAGCCUUCUGCCUUCUUUGUCAGAGAAUGCCCACCAGCCAUGAUGUGAUUUGCUUUUUUGUACUGGUAUGUUUACCUAUGAACCAGAGCCAAAGAAUAUUUUGGACAUAGGUCUGGCUUACACAGAAUCACACUCAUUCACAGAAUCAUUAUGUUGGAAAAACCCUUUAGGAUCAUCCAGUCCAGCCUGUGGCUGAUCCUUACCUUCUCAACCAGCCCAGAGCACUGACUGCCCUGUGCAGUCCUUCCCUGGGGCUUGUUCCUCACUUUCCCACCUCCAAAACAAGGGGAAAGGUCAAGCUCUUGCUGUUGGGGUAAAACAACCAACAGAAAACCUGCUGCAGUUGUUCUGAGGAUGCAGCUUUCCAUGUGAAUAUGACUGGGAAGGAGCAGGUCCCAAGGGUAAAAGUGCUGGGCACAACUUGUCCACGGAGAUCAUGCUCAGGGCUCCUUGACAUCUGCACUCUGGGAAGAAAUCCCAAAAGGAUUUGGGUUGUAAAGUACCUUAAAGCUCAUCUCACUCCAUCCAUGAUGGUCCCAUGGUAGGGACACCUUCUACUGGACCUGUGUGUUCCAA